AUGUUGCUGUGUCCGAAGACCGCUAGUAGGCUCCACCGCUCCUUUUCACCGCUAAAGGCCACCCUCAUUUGCCCGACUUUCCGUCUCACGGUAACCUCACCGUCCACCAUCUCCCUAUCCCCCUGCGCCUCCGCGAGGCCGCUCCGAGGCGGCGCCGCUGCUCUUCCCAUCCGCGCCUUCUCCGCCGCCGCCGGCGAUCCCCCUCCCUCUGCGGCCGCCGCCGCCGCCGCUGAAAUGGCAGCCAUCACCGCCGUUGAACACGUGGUCCUCUUCAAGGUGCGGGACGGCACGGACACAGCGAAGAUCAGCGCCAUGAUCUCCAAUCUCCGGUCCCUCGUCUCCCUCGACGGCGUCCUCCUCCUCAGCGCCGCCCACGUCCUCCGCCACCGCUCCUCCGCCGCUUCAUCCUUCGGCUUUACUCAUCUCCUCCACAGUCGCUACCGGACCAAGGAGGAGCUCGCCGCCUACUCUGCUCAUCCGGCGCAUAUCUCCGUCGUACGAGAGUUCGUCCUCCCGAUCUGCGAGGACAUCAUGGCCGUCGACUGGAUUGCAGAGUUUGAAUCGGAUUCGGUUGCGCUGCCGCCUGGAUCGGCGGCGCGAGUAACGCUGAUGAAGCUGAUCGAGUCGGCGGGGGAGGCGGAGAAGGGCGUGGUCCUGGAGUCUCUGCACGGGGCCAAGAGAUUGCUCGGGGGAGCCGUUGAGCAGCUGAGCUAUGGCGAGAACUUCUCGCCGGCGAGAGCGAAGGGAUUUUCGGUGGGGUCCAUCGCGGUGUUCCCCGGCGUUGAAGAGCUUGACGAAGUGGACGAGAAGGGGGUCGAUCUGAUGGAGGCGCAGAAGGAGAAGGUGAGGCCACUGCUGGAGAGCCUCAUCGUGCUUGACUUUUUGGUCCCGCCGCCGCUUCCUGCCACCUCUGGCCUUUGA